GUUUUCGAAUAAAAUAAAUUUGUAAUUACAGUUACAAGCCCAAGGGCUGAGCCCGGUGUCUGUUCCUUCUUCGUUCACAUACAGAAGACAGUGGCAAAACCGAUGCUCAAUUAUGAGUUUCACAGUCUUUUCCAUUCCCAGAAUUCCGAAUUCGUCCCUAAAUUUGUGUCUUGCAAAUCUUCAACCACGGAAUUGAGGUGCUUUUAAACGACAGCAACUGGCAAAUGUGCCACUAUUUCCAUUGUCGUUCUUCUCAUCGUCUUCGAUUGAUCUCACUGAGUUUAGAAUUUUGAAGCCCAGAAUUGAAACCUAUGGCAGGGUCUUCCAUCAUGGAUACCCUCUUCCAGAGAACUCUAGAGGACCUCAUCAAGGGCCUCCGCCUCCAACUCAUAGGUGAGUCCGCCUUCAUCUCCAAAGCCAUGGACGAGAUUCGCCGCGAGAUCAAGUCCACCGACCCCCACACCAAGGCCAACGCUCUCCAAAAGUUGUCGUACCUCAGCUCCUUAUACUUCUACGACAUGUCGUUUGCCGCCUUCCAUGUGGUUGAGCUCAUGUCCUCCACCCGAUUCGUUCACAAGAGGAUCGCUUACCACGCAGCUUCGCACUCCUUCCGGGAGUCAACUCCUGUUCUUGUCCUCAUCACCAACCAGCUUCGGAAGGACCUUACAAGCACCAACGAGUACGAGGUAAGCCUUGCCCUCGAUUGCUUAGCUAGAAUUGGCACUGUUGAUCUUGCUAGAGAUUUGACCCCUGAGAUUUUCACGCUUCUUUCGAGUAGUAAAGUUUUCGUGAGAAAGAAGGCGAUUGGUGUGGUUUUGAGGGUUUUUGAGAAAUACCCAGAUGCUGCUAGGGUUUGUUUUAAGCGCUUGGUUGAGAAUUUGGAGAGUUCUGAUCCGCAAAUUGUGUCUGCGGUCGUUGGGGUCUUUUGUGAGCUUGCUUCGAAAGACCCCAGAUCGUAUCUUCCAUUGGCGCCCGAGUUUUAUAAGAUUUUGGUUGACUCUAAGAACAAUUGGGUGUUGAUUAAGGUGUUGAAGAUAUUUGCUGAGUUGGCGCCUCUUGAGCCUAGGCUGGCCAAGAGAGUUGUUGACCCUAUAUGUGAUCAUAUGAGGAGAACGGGAGCAAAGUCAUUGAUGUUUGAGUGCAUUAGAACUGUGGUGACUAGCUUCACUGAUUAUGAAUCGGCAGUGAAGCUUGCGGUUGAGAAGAUUCGGGAAUUGUUGGUUGAAGAUGAUCCAAAUCUUAAGUAUCUUGCAUUGCAAGCUCUUUUGAUUGUUGCACCGAAUCACUCGUGGGCAGUAUUAGAGAAUAAGGAGGUCGUGAUUAAGUUUUUGAGUGAUUUGGAUCCUAACAUUAAACUUGAGUCCUUAAAUCUUGUAAUGGCAAUGGUAUCUGAGAAUAAUGUUGUUGAAAUUUCGAGGGUUUUGCUCAAUUAUGCCUUAAAAUCUGAUCCCGUAUUCUGCAAUGAGAUUCUAGGAUCAAUUUUAUCUACUUGUUGUAGAAAUGUUUAUGAGAUCAUCAUUGAUUUUGAUUGGUAUGUGUCACUUUUGGGAGAAAUGUCAAGGAUCCCACAUUGCCAGAAGGGAGAUGAAAUUGAGAAGCAGGUUAUUGACAUUGGUAUGCGGGUCAAGGAUGUUAGACCCGAACUAGUACGGAUAUCUCGUGACCUGCUGAUUGAUCCUGCAUUACUUGGUAAUCCUUUCUUACACAGUAUACUAUCAUCAGCCGCUUGGGUAUCUGGAGUACAUGUUGAGUUUUCAAGAAAUCCAUUAGAACUCAUGGAGGCACUUCUACAGCCACGUACAUGCCUCUUGCCACCAUCGAUAAGAGCAGUUUAUAUACAAUCUUCUUUUAAAGUAUUAGUCUUUUGUCUUCAUUCAUACAUUGUGGAGACAGAGAUAACUGCUUCCUCAUCAUAUCGCUCUAAUGUGGUGCUGCCUGAGUCUGAAUUUGGAUGUGAAGGGCAUUGUCUCGAAGGUUCUGAGUUGGAAACAAAUAAUGCUUCUUCCAAUUUUGAAGGGGAAGGAUUUAACUCAAGGGUUUUAAAUCAAUCGACUGAGGAACGUUCUGUAGAUUAUGGCGAGGAGACUAAUGCUCCUCAAGGUCAGACACCUAGUCUGCCUUCAUUGGACUGGAAUGCUUUUACAGAUGAUUCUGUUAUGAAAAUGUUAAAUAAAAUUGAAGUGGCUUUGAGCCCACUAACAGAUAGUCAUGACAUAGAAAUAUUAGAGAGAGCCCGAAAUUUGCUUUGCUUUAUUGAGUUGAUUAAACAAGAAUUACCUGAAAGUCAAAAGGAAGAAAGUUUGCAAAGGGGAGAAACAGAAGCAUACAAAAUUGUUGAACUAAUGCAAGAUGCCUUUUCUGAUGAGCUUGGUCCAGUCUCUGUGACAGCUCAGGAAAGAGUUCCUGUUCCAGCUAAUUUGGUACUUAAGGAAAAUCUUGCGGACUUGGACACUGUUCUUCCUGAUGUUCAGCUAUCUUCUUUAGAUUCAUUUGCUCUGGGAAGUCCUCUUAUUGAGGAGUCAGCUGGUGUUGCUCAACCAACUCUUCAGAACAAAGAAGAGUUAGAACCAAGAAAUGAAUCUACUUCUCUGCUUUCAGAACACCGCAAGCUACAUGGUUUGUACUAUCUUCCAUCAGAGAAGAAUGAUUUAUCAAAUGAUUAUCCACCAGCCAACGACCUAAAAUCACAGGAUGAUGCUGAAGAUCUGUAUACGCUUACAGAGCAAUCACUUGUAUCAAAGAAAAAGCCAAACAAUCCAAAGGCAAGGCCUGUGGUGGUGAAAUUAGAUGAAGGAGAUCUAUUGCCCAUUGCAGGCAAGCCAUGGUCUAAGAAUGAUUCACUUUCUGAUGCUGUGCGUGAAGUUCUUUUAGGCAGUGAGACUAAUGUCAGUUCAUCUCAGAAUAAACCAUCUGAUAGGACUUACAGUGAGAGUAAAGGCAAAGAGAAAUUAAAUGUUGAUUCUUCUAAAUUGGAAGAAGGUUUGGGUCUCGACAAACAUGAUCAUAGAAACUCAAGUUCAAGAAAAAGCAAGCACCAACAUGGGAAAGAGAGAAGACACGGAAGUUCAGGUGAUGUUGGUGAUCACAGGGAUAAAAAUGGUGAGGGAAAAAAAAAGAGUAGUCAUCUCCACAGUAGGCAUAAAUCUCGACAAAGAACAGAUGCACCUUCAAUUGUGACUCCACAGACACAGGUGAUUCCAGAUUUCCUAUUAUAACAGUUGAAAGUGUCAAAUUCGUAAUUUAUUAUGCUCUGCUGUUGAAAACUUUUACUGCUCCCCUUUUUUUUCAUCACCAUGACUGCCAAGGUUAAUUUUACUGUACAUUUCUUACAUUUUGAUUGUAUCCGGUUUGUGGUUGCCUUUUAUUCUUGAAUCGAUUUUCCAUCUUACACAAAA